CCCAUGAAUUCCACGAACAUCUAUGAUGCAAAUGAGGAUUAUUUUGGGUUGGCUAAUAGUUCAGAUUAUUCACUCGAUGUUGACAGCUUUCUCUGUUCCUUGCAGGAGGUCAGAAAGUUCUCUGGGCUAUUUGUGCCCCUUGCUUACUCCUUGAUAUGUGUCUCUGGCCUCCUGGGUAAUAUUUUGGUGGUGGUCACCUUUGCUUUUUAUAAGAAAGCCAAGUCUAUGACAGACGUUUAUCUCUUGAACAUGGCCGUCGCAGACAUCCUCUUUGUCCUCACCCUCCCGUUCUGGGCCGUCAACCAUGCUACUGGCGAGUGGAUUUUCAGCAACAUCAUGUGCAAACUGACCCGCGGCAUCUACGCCAUCAACUUCAACUGUGGGAUGCUGCUCCUGACCUGUAUCAGCCUGGACCGCUACAUCGCCAUCGUGCAGGCCACCAAGUCCUUCCGGCUCCGGUCCAGGACCCUGGCUCACCACAGGAUGAUCUGUUUGGUCGUGUGGGUCGUGUCGAUCCUCAUCUCCAGCUGGACCUUCAUGUUCAACCAGAAAUACAAGCUACAAGGCAGCGACGUCUGCGAGCCCAGGUACCACACCGUCUCCGAGCCAAUCCGGUGGAAGCUGCUGAUGCUGGGACUGCAGCUCCUCUUUGGCUUCUUCAUCCCGCUGGUGUUUAUGAUAUUUUGCUACAUGUUUAUCGUCAAGACCUUAAUUCAAGCGCAGAAUUCUAAGAGGCACAGAGCCAUCCGCGUGAUCAUAGCCGUGGUCCUUGUCUUUCUGGCUUGCCAGAUUCCACAUAACGUGGUGCUUCUCUUGACCGCCGUCAACCUGGGCAGGACGGACCGCUCGUGCAGCAGCGAGAGGCUGCUGGGUUACGCCAGGAACGUCACCGAGGUCCUGGCUUUCCUGCAUUGCUGCCUCAACCCCGUGCUCUAUGCCUUUGUCGGUCAGAAGUUUCGAAGCUACUUCCUGAAGAUCAUGAAGGACCUGUGGUGUGUGAGAAGGAGGCAGAAGUCGCCGGGCUUCCCGUGCUCCCGGCUGCAGUCGGACAACUUCACCUCCCGGCAGAACAGCGAGACGGCGGACAAUGACAACCCGUCCUCCUUCACCAUGUGA